AUGACACCAAAUGUCACGCUUAUACCUAUCCGCAUAUACUACCCAAACAUAACCGAAACCCGCUUUACAUCCGUCAGAGCGGUACACAAAACCGUCAACUCCACCUACACAGCUCUCGAGGACCCCAACAACCCAUCUACCAUCCAAUACAUAACCAUCCACAAGAUUCCUGAAACCACAGCACAAAAGAUCACCGAUAAUAGCGAGAUCUUUGGCGUGCCGUUCCGGUUCACGUAUUACCAUGAUUUUAAAGUAGGGGUUAUCAAGGUUCUACCACUUAUCCACGACGAAAUCACUCUGCGCGUGAGAGAUGUCAUCUGCGAUCACGCUAAGCGUAUGGGUGUGAAAGACGAGGAAAUAAUUGAAGGAGCGCCAAGGACACAAAAAAUCCUUCUGGAAAACAACACGAAGCAACCAGGCGCAUACCUCGCUCCCGCAGACCGCCCUCUCCAAUACGGCCAGACCAUGCCAUGGUCAUCUCCUGUAAUAGAAACGGCACUAUCAGAGUCUCUCACCCAUCUGCACGGCGAUGGAAGAUGGUGGCUCUCAGGCCUCAGCGGGACCAACGUCGUACUAGCCAUCUCUCUCAAAAUAACACUACCAAAAAGCGUAUUGAUCCAGAGAUGGCAGAGGGCACUGGUAGAGAGGCCUGGGCGGCAUAGGACUAGGCCCGCGAUUAGGGUACAGUCAACGCAGAGUAUUACUGUCACGGCGGAUAGUGUUGAGAGUGGACCGUUGGUCCCUUCGCUUCGGGCGUUGAUGUGUCCGAGUUCUGAAGAUACAAAGGAUGUUACUAUACCGGACGAGAAGCUGAUUGGAUGUUUUAGUGAUUUCUGGUAG